AUGUCCUACCUUCCAAACAGCACAAGUCCCCCGCCUCUCCAGCAUCCGGUGCCGACCCACCCGGCCUACAUCCCGGAGCCUCCAUCUACCCCGGUCUCCCCACAAGGCUAUCAGCGCUACACCAGCUCCCCGCCCGUUCAGCAACCGUUCGCGCAGCCCAUCCCGCCACAACAGGCCGUACGCAUGCACUCUGACUAUGCUUCUUCCCAUGGACAGUACCAGCCGAUGGGCCCCACACCAAGACAGAUUCCUGUUCACCACGGCCAACCGCCAAACUUACCUGCAGACCUUGCCGCAUGGGGAUUCGAUAAUCCGACUGCACAGUUUGGCAUGCAGCUUGGCCAGAAUGCAGUGGCUGCGGGGCAGGAGUAUGUUCAGAGAAAUCUCGGAGGCCUCAUCCCCAUCUCCGUCCUGAGACACCACUUUAACGUGUCCAAUUCGUAUGUCAUGAACAAGCUACGUAUACUGCUAUUUCCAUGGAGACACAAAUGGCCUCGGCGUGUGCGUCGCUCUGAGAAUGGUCAGUCGGAGUGGCAGCCCCCGAGAGAAGAUGUCAAUGCGCCUGAUCUUUACAUACCAUUAAUGGCCAUCGUAACUUAUAUACUGCUCGCUGCUCUCCAUUCUGGCUUGAGUUCCCGCUUCCAUCCAGAGAUCCUCGGCAUCACCGCAUCAAAAGCGCUCGCCGUGGUGCUGCUUGACUUUGUAUUCGUCAAGCUGGGCUGUUAUUUUCUCAAUAUACCGGGUAGCAUCAAUCAAGUCCUCGACCUGAUGGCUUACGACGGGUACAAGUUCGUUGGUGUUAUCGUCACACUGGUGGCAGGUCUUCUCAACGUGGGGAGGACAUUAUAUUUCGUGACCUUCUGCUACUCCUUCCUCUCCACGGCGUUCUUUCUGCUGCGAUCCUUACGUUACCUCAUACUACCAGACGCAUCCGCAACAGCGGCGCCGGUGAACAGUCCCGCUCAGCGCUCCAGACGUAUUAUUUUCUUGUUCAUCGUAGCAAUGUCGCAAGUGUUGUAUAUGGGGAUUCUGGUGCGAAUGUGAAGGCCCGUCACUAUUGGUCGUAUCUGGAGGGAACAUUUGCGCUUGCUGCGAGCAUUGUGCACGAGCUUCCACGACUCCGAAUACAUAUGGUCAUGACUGUGUUCACUUGUAGAGUGGCCAUGUACUACGAUAUCAUCCCGGCUGCUCGUUGAUGAAAUGCAUUAUGUAUCAAUCGCAGAUGAAUGACUGCCAGCUCUCUGGUCGUUCAUGUGAGAGUGGUGCUGAGCAUGUAAUGUCCAUCCCUGU